GACGGCGAGGGGGAGGGGUGGCGCGCGCGCCGGCGGGGCCGCGCGGGGAGAAAGACACUGGAAGGCGGCGGGGCGGGGAGCGGCGCGCGCGGGCCGCGGCGGAGCAGGAGACUGAGAGGAGAGCCCGCGGGGGCCGGAGGGUGCGAUUCCUCCGCCCCCGCAAAACAAUGUGCAGCGUGCGGCUGGGCUCAACUUGCCGGAGGCGGCGGGGGCGCGCCGAGCCCGCCUGAGACCGCGCCGCUGACCUUCUCCCCCCGCCGUCCGUUGGGCCCGAGCGCCCAGCUCCUCGCUCCCCAGCUCGCGGGGGCCGGGCCGAGCUGCGGGGCGGGGCCGCCCCUCCGUCGCUGCUGCCUCCUCCCCCACCCCCAGCCGCGGAGGAUGCGGACGGCCCCCGGCGGCGUCUAGCGGCCCCGGGCCCAGGCGCGAUGGUGCAGCAGCGGGGCGCGAGGGCCAAGCGGGACGGCGGGCCGCCGCCCCCGGGGCCCGGGCCGGCCGAGGAGGGGGCGCGUGAGCCCGGCUGGUGCAAGACGCCGAGCGGCCACAUUAAGAGACCGAUGAACGCGUUCAUGGUGUGGUCGCAGCACGAGCGGCGGAAGAUCAUGGACCAGUGGCCCGACAUGCACAACGCCGAGAUCUCCAAGCGCCUGGGCCGCCGCUGGCAGCUGCUGCAGGACUCGGAGAAGAUCCCGUUUGUGCGGGAGGCGGAGCGGCUGCGCCUCAAGCACAUGGCGGAUUACCCGGACUACAAGUACCGGCCGCGCAAAAAGAGCAAGGGGGCGCCCGCCAAGGCGCGGCCCCGCCCCCCCGGCGGCGGUGGUGGCGGCAGCCGGCUCAAGCCCGGGCCGCAGCUGCCUGGCCGCGGGGGCCGCCGAGCAGCGGGCGGGCCUUUGGGGGGCAGCGCGGCGGCGCCCGAGGACGACGACGAGGACGACGACGAGGAGCUGCUGGAAGUGCGCCUGGUCGAGACCCCAGGGAGGGAGCUGUGGAGGAUGGUCCCAGCGGGGCGGGCUGCCCGGGGACCCGCGGAGCGCGCCCAAGGGCCGUCGGGCGAGGGGGCGGCUGUCACCGCCGCCUCCCCCACUCCGUCGGAGGACGAGGAGCCAGAGGAAGAGGAGGAGGAGGCGGCGGCGGUGGAGGAAGGCGAAGAGGAGACGGUGGCGUCGGGGGAGGAGCCGCUGGGCUUUCUGUCCAGACUGCCCCCCGGCCCCGCCGGCCUGGACUGCAGCGCCCUGGACCGCGACCCGGACCUGCCGCCCCCCUCGGGCACGUCGCAUUUCGAGUUCCCGGACUACUGCACCCCCGAAGUUACCGAGAUGAUCGCGGGGGACUGGCGCCCGUCUAGCAUCGCCGACCUGGUUUUCACCUACUGAGCCCACCGUCAGCGGGGCGCGCACGCCCCCAAACCAGCUGUUUACAUACAGGAAUCAGGUAUUGGGGCCCCUCGGAGGCCGAGGCUGGCACCCCAUCUCCCGCGCAGCCUCCCCCCUCCCAGACGUGCCCAUCCCCCUCAAACCCAGACAUGCCCCUCCCCCGCAGACACACCCCAAGGCAGCCCAACCCCCACUCUUUCCCUGACAUCCAAGCCCCGCCCCGUCUUGCCCCCUCCCGCACAGCCACCAGCAGCCAGCCCCCCUCCGUUACACCUCCCGUCCACUCCUACAGACCUGCACCCCUCCCCCCACCUCGCACACGCCCCUCCUCGUGGCCGGAGGACACGCCCCUGCCCUUGCUCCCGAUCCCUCCGCCUUCGCCCAGCCCGCCUCCUCUCUGGUUUAGGGGGGCGCUGCGGCUGGGCGGCACCGCGCGCUCCUCCCAAACCCCUUCGCUCCCCUCCCCCGAGCGCUGGGGCCCGCCCCCUUCUCGCGCAUGCUUAAUGCUUCUUAGGAGGAGGGGGCCGGUCCCAGUUGAACCGCAAGCCUCUGUGGCCCGCUCCGGGAAGAAGUGGGGCGGGCAUUGAGCGAUCCUUAGAAAUCUUUUGAUCCGGGAGCCGCGGCUUCCUUUCAACCCGACGGGGCGUCUCUGCCUUAAUGGGAGGAGCACUAGGAAGGGGGAGAAAGAGACUAGCUGGCCCGGAAGGGUUGGGUUUGGCGCUUGGAACUCUCCCUAAGUGGCAUAACCCCUUUUCCUUGCGGGGUUACCCAGACUGACGUGCACCCUCCCGCCUGCUAUACACACACCGCUAGACUGCCUCCACAGUCUACCUUGGCACCCAGAAACUUGCCUUUUCUUUCCCCCAUCCGGGAAUUGGGAAUAGGGUCUUCAUCUGGAACUGCACCACUAGAGGACCGCCCAAGAAAGCUCUGAAUCAAGGCAAUUAUCAGUCUAUUUGGGGACAAGGGCCUUGCUGCUCUCCACCCCCAUCCCAAGUGCCCCAUUACGUUAAGGCACACUCCCAGCCUGGACUCCUCCCUUAAGCCCACCGCCCUUUUCUAUCACUCAAGUCCUGUGCCCACAGUGACCCUAUUCAGUGGGAGAAGCUGAGGCAUGUUGGUACGGGGGCGGGGGUGUUGAGACUGAGGCAUGAGAGCAGACGGAGUGACAAGAAGAGACCCACUUUUGAACAGCUGGCUUGAGACCAUGGACUGGGCCAGUGACACUGAAGGGAGGGGCAGAGUAGUGGAGGUGUGCCGUUUGCGCCUGUUUUUCCAUGUGAAAAAUCUGGAUAGCGCUGCUGUCGGAGGAGGUUGUGUCCGGUUCGAGGUGCCCUCGGGGACCCCUGCCCCAAAUUCCCCCUCUUACUCCCCAACUCUCCGCUCAAGUCCCGCCCCUCCGGCCUCCCCAUACCCCCUUUUGCCCUCACUACCUGUAUCUCACCGGCGUGUGUUCACCCUCCCGGGUGAGCACACACUCUCAUUCACACACACAAAUCUCAGGAACAAACGGUCCCAGAGUCCUCCUGGACCCCUGCCCAGGGUCUCUGCAGGUCUCUGCCCCACGCGUUCCCGUCGCUGACAAAGCCACCAGCUGCCUCCUUUAAGCUUGGUGCUCCGGCUCUGGGCCUUUCUCGCGCUCUCUCUGUCUUUCUCUUUCUCUCUUUCUCUCUUUCUCUCUCUCUCUCUCUUUUUUUUUUUUUUUUAAGAAAAACAACAACAACAAAAAGACAAUGAAAAAAACCCAGAAAACGUCAUGUGAGUGAAGAGAUGUCACUGUCUGUGGUCUUGGAGAACUAGUCUAGUAGCUGAGGGGAGGGGUCCCCCUAUCUGGGGCACUGGCACCCACAGCAGGACUUCGCCAGUCUGAUGCCAGGACUGAAUAAAGUGUAUUUGCCCCGACCUUGCCCUGUGGUUCUACAUGUCUGUGCCUUUCCUCAACCCUCCCCCAGACAGUUUUCCAGAUUGAAGUCCAUGUGCAGGAAGAGCUGGGGGUCGCUGGGCAAGGCACCUGGCCCCUUUAGGCCUCUGUCUCCCUCUGUCUCAGGACUCCCUGGUCUUGAUUAAGGGUGACACAUUCAUCCCCCACAGGGCCAGGCAGGUCAUGUCCGCGAGAGAGUCUGGGUAGACACUCCGUGGGGACAGCUGCUCUCCUCCCGCCAGUUGUGACCUUGUGGGAAGGCAACCCACGGUGGCCUGGUUGAAAUCUGGAGGUAGAAAUCUGGAUGUUUCUGUGAACAUCUCAACUACAAAAUGAAAGCUGACUCCGUUAUUUUUAUUUAUUUAUUUUUAUUUGUUUCAUUUUUUUGACGCAACUCUCUUUAAAUCCUCGUGGACCAAAUGAAACAAGUGUCGCAGGCAUCCCUGGCCCAAGGGGGCCCGUUUGACCCUGCCCUUCAUGAGAAUUAAGAAGGGUCGGGCCACAUCGUCUGGGCGCAAAAGCCCCAGCACCACCACCACUGAGCAUCUCUGUGACCUUGAGCAAAUUCACUUCACCCUGACUCUUCUCUCAAUAUGAAUAACAUGAAGAUGAUAACAGUACCUUCUUCAGGGUGAAAUGAAGUUCGAGGUGAGCAGCAUUUAACAAGGUGCCCCCUGAAGUAUAUUACUCCAUUGUCCAGAAGAGGAAACGGGGUCAGGGUGGUGCAGCAACCUGCAGGAGGGCCUGCAAGCGGCCAAGGUCAAAGUCAGGGCCCCGCAUCUUGGUUCUCUGCCCUGGCGGAGUGUCGUGUCAGGGUGCUGCCUCUCCUUCCCUGUUUGAAUCUACAGAUGGCGUUAGGCUGUCAGCGCAACCCCUGGGCUGGCGGGGUUGGUCCCAGAGCCGGCCCGUCAUUGGCCUGCAGUGUAGAUUUAUUGAAUGACUAAAAGAGGAGCAACAGAAGCCACAGCGAUUCCUGUCCUUGAGAUUCUUACCAGCGUGUUUUGGAAACCGAGGAAAGCCUUUUCAAACUCUGUCUCCCUCCCCCCCCCCCCCCCCCCCCCCCCCCCCCCGUGCCUCCACUGCCAGGUCCAGUGGAUUCCUGAGGUUGGACAGAGCCUGUGUCCCCUGUAAGAACGAAGGCCAAGUGUGCAGACCUCAUUGAGAGAGAGUAUUUGUGGACUGGGGUACACAUAGAUGCGUUAAAAGAGGACGAUAGCAGGUUUAGGAGGGCUGGGUGUGUACAGAAGGGGGGUGUCUGUUUGGGGGAGGUGCAAGAAUUUCCAGUGCUUUGGCUCAGCCUCUGAUUGAAAGCAAGAUGGGAAAAAAAAAAUCCCUCCAGGAAGAGUUGAGAAGGUGAGGAAGAUAGAGAUGGGUGUCACCCUUGAACCCCUUUUAAGGAGCACUUCCCUGGCUGUGAGCAAUCUGGUCAGUGGAUGGGCUCCAGCUGCCAAGAUCCACUCGCCCUAGGGCAGCCCGUGUCUGGUGGCCCAGGGGGAUCAGGUGGAAACGCCUGGCCAUUCCUGUCCAGUGUGGGGACACGCUGACAGGCAGUACUUGCACCACCCACCCCUCCGGACACUCACCCAGGCCCCCUCCGGGGUGGCCGAGGUUUUGCCAGGCCUGAAGUGCAGUUUGAUCUCCCGUACCCAACCUUGCUCCCUCCCUCUUCUUUUCACAGGUGUUUAUAUCCCUAAUAAAUCUCUUGCACCCCA